AGCCCAGAGGUGGUGCAAGCCGUGGGCAAGCUGAGCUACAACCAACUGGUGGAGAAGAUCAUCACCUGCAAGCAGGCCAGCGACUCCAGCCUGGUGAGCGAAGGGCUGGUGGCAGAGCAGUUCCUGGAGUCCACGGCCUCGCAGUUGACGUACCACGGGCUCUGCGAGCUCACGGCGGGGGGCCCCGAGGGCGAGCAGAUCAGCACCAUGACCAAGCACAAGGGCUACCUCUACCUGCUGGUGACGGACCAGGGCUUCCUGCAGGAGGAGAGGGUGGUGUGGGAGAGCCUCCACAACGUGGACGGUGACAGCUGCUUCUGCGACACCGACUUCCACCUCAGCCACGCGCCGGGCAAGGAGGGAGCCACCGUGGCCCCCCCAGACCACCAGCUCCAGCAGAGACAAGUGGACCAGGAUUACAUGAUCGCCCUGUCCCUGCAGCAGGGCCAGGAGCCCUGCGCGCUCAGCGACCUGGAGCUCGCGCGGCAGCUGCAGCAGGAGGAGUAUCAGCAUCAGAG